AUGACAAAGGAGUUCUCGAGAAAACUAAAGUUCCGAGGUACUCCUACGUACCUCUCCAUUCAGGGAAUCGGAUCCUCCCAAUAUGUGUCCACAAGGCUGGUGGCCGCAGAAGUAGCUCCGAGGUCCCGCAAAACCUGUUCUUUCGAAGAACAAAUGCAGUUUUACGUCCUUCCGAAGCUUACGGUAUCGCUGCCUACCUUGAGUUUCAACCUGUCGGAAUGGAACCUGCCCGAUUCAUCGUUUUUGGCAGAUCCAGGAUUCAACGCAUCAGGUCCGAUAGAUAUUAUCAUAGGGGCAGAGUACUAUCUGGAUCUACUUAGGGAAGGAAAAAUUCUGGCAACAGAAACAGGACCCACCAUACAAAAGACUGUGUUCGGUUGGGUCGUUUCCGGGCGUGUUGCGAGCGGCUCCAUAAAUGUUCCCCGCUCCAUCGUCAACAUUUGCGCUUCGGCAGACAUUCAAGAGCAAGCCAUCAAGUUCUGGGAGCUCGAGAAGUUAAAGAAGAAGAAAAAGCGGCAGAAAAUUCCACGACUGGAGCUGUCAUCAGCGCUACUGCUUGCUCACCUUUAG